AUGACUCACCUCAGCAUCUCAUUAUUCCCCGCUCGCCUCCUGAGACUCACCCAGACAGCGUUUCCAUUCACCGUCGCGCGAAAAUACACCAUGGUCGCACCAAACAGUCCGUUGGCCAAGGUCAUUGAUGAGGUCAAGGUUGACAUCCUCACCCGGACACAGGAUAAUUCGACGAUUGAGAGUCUUCUUCUGAGGGUGUCUCGGAUAGUUCCCACCCAGGAGAUGUAUACGUACGCCGUGCAAGCCUCGUUAGGCGACGACGUGUACGACGAGCCGUGCACCAAGACUCUGGAGGCACACAUGGCGAAGUUGACCGGCAAAGAGGCUGCGCUGUUCAUGCCUUCUGGUACCAUGUCCAACCAACUCGCGCUGCGGACACAUCUCAAGCAGCCCCCAUACUCCGUGUUGUGUGACCACCGCGCGCAUAUCGCAAGGUACGAGGCCGGUGGUACUGCCUUCCACUCUGGCGCGCAGCUCGACUAUGCUAUCCCAGCAAAUGGACAUCAUCUCACACUUGACGAUGUCAAGGAGCAUGUCGUCCUCGGAAUGGAUGUUCACACCUGUCCUACGGCUGUCAUUGAAUUGGAGAACACCUUAAAUGGGACGAUUAUGCCCCAGGAAGACAUUAUCGCCAUUUCACAAUUCGCUCACAGCCAUGACAUUAAAAUGCACCUCGACGGUGCACGCAUAUGGCACGUCGCCGUGGAAACUGCGACGCCGCUCAAAGAACUCUGCGGCCCCUUUGACUCGGUCAGUUUGUGCUUCAGCAAGGGUCUUGGCGCACCAAUCGGCUCCUGCUUGGUCGGCACACAGGAGUUCAUCACCCGUGCACGCUGGUUCCGAAAGAUGUUCGGUGGUGGCAUGCGCCAGACCGGCUUCAUGGCCGCCUCCGCGGCGUACGCUCUCACACACCAUUUCCCCCUCCUCUCCCGCGUACACGCCCUGACCCGACGGCUCGAAACCGGUCUUCAGGACAUCGGCGUCAGCAUCACCAGCGGCGCUGAGACUUGCAUGGUCUUCUUCGACCCCUCGCCAAUUGGUGUCAGCUAUGCCGAGCUGGUCGCGCGGGCAAGCAAACUCCCUAGCCCGAUCAAGCUCGGGGGCUCGCGUCUUGUCGUUCACAUUCAGACGACGGACGAGACCGUCGACGAUUUUUUGGCCCUUGUGCGACAGCUCGCGCAGGAGAAAAAGGACGGUGGAUUCGUCGCGACCGAGGCUCACGCGAAGAUUCAUAAGCCCAUGUUGUCCCGCAUGCUCAACCCUAAAGGCUAUCCCGGCACGAGAUACAUGUCUUACUCUCGGCAUUACGCUUUUGACAUUGUUGUGCACACGUGCUUUGAGAACGGCCGGACCAACGACUCGGGCUUUUGA